AUGGAAGAAGUGCAAGAACUGAGGCAUGUGUGCAAAAUAUGUAGCAAGAUUUGCUGGAGUGGUAAGUCAUUGGGAGGUCAUAUGAGGGUUCAUUCAGCCUUGAUUUCAGCUAUGAAAAAAGAAGCAGCUGAAGUCAAAUUCGACGGCCAAAUGGUUUCGGAAGGGGGCGAUGAUCAAGAGGGUAGGUUUCAAAACUCCAAGAAUCAAUCAAACAGUACUAAUUUGGAUCAAGAAAGGAUAAAGAAUUGUGGGAGCAAUAUGGGUGAUGAUGAUCCGAAAACUAGCUACGAAUUAAGGGAGAAUCCAAAGAAAUCUCGGAGGAAUUUUGAUGCCAAACAUGGAGAUACAUCAAGGAAUGGAACUUGUAAAGAAUGUGGCAAGGUGUUUCCCUCUUUGAGAGCUCUGUCUGGUCAUAUGAGAUGUCAUUCGAUCAAGAAAACCACGGAAAAUCAGAAUCACUGUAAGGAAUGUGGGAAAGGGUUUGAUUCAAUGAGAGCUCUGUUUGGUCAUAUGAAGAGUCACUCCAACAAAUCAAGAAAAGUCUCUGCUGAGAGUUCAUCAGACUUGGAUAAUUUGUGCCCCCUUCGAAAAAAGCGAACUAGGAUAAUAUGUAAGAUUGAUCCUACUCCCUCUUCUAGUGUAGUUGAUUUUGGGGAAGUAGAAGAGGUGGCUCUGUGUUUGAUAAUGCUGUCUAGGGGUGUGAAGAAUUGGGAUAGGUCUAAAUCAGGUACAGAAUCAACUGGUUGUGAUUCUGCAUUUUUUGGAGACGAAUCAGUUUGUAAAGAUAAAGGAAUUGAUAUCAAUGAUAGUGGAGAUCCAUCAUCUGAUGGCAAUAAGGUGUGGAAGAUGGGUAAAUUAGUAGGAAAGCUUGAUCCUCGCAUUCUUGGCUCUGGAAAUGCUUGUUCUGAGAAGCAUGUGCUUUGUUCUGAUGAUUUGAAUUCAGGUUUUUCUAGUCAAAAUAAGAUGAAACUUAAUUCGGAAAUUUCUGAUGGUGUGUUGAAAUCUAGCUGUUGUGACAAAGCGGUACUUGGCGGCCAUGAUUCAGAGUUUGGAAAGUAUCUUUCUGAAAAUGCUCACAGUAAUCCUAAAAUGUUAAUAGAUUUUGAUGAGAAGUUCGACUUAAAAAUGGUUGGUAGUAGCUCUUCAGUUGAGGUGGAUGCCUGCUCGUUAUCUGUUGCUGAAGCUAACUCCAAGAUUGAAUGCAAUGUUAUUGCAAGUUUUGAGUGUCCAAUAUGCUUGAGGGUCUUUUCAUCUGGCCAGGCUUUGGGUGGUCACAAGAGGGUUCAUUACAGUGGAUUUACCGAAAACAAAACCAGGAAACCUGUGGCAAUGGACGGCGAUUUUGAUCUUAACUUACCUAUCAGUAUUGCUGAAGGUGAAAAGGACGGUGCUGAAAUCAACCAAUGGUGGUUCGAGACUAGGCAGGAGCCGAUGAUCACAGAUUGA